AGACAGCGGUUGAGGGAGAGAAGAACGAGUCCGGCAACGGGAGAAGCUUUGUUUGCUGCACGACGAGCAUCCAAGAUCUACAGUGGUGGCGGCGACAUAGAUGAAGAAGAAGCAGGCGCAGACUUGAGCGCCUCGAUGAGGAGGUUGGGAUUGUUAAGGAACGACGAUUCCAUCUGA